AUGGCAUAUCCACCGCCUCCAGGUCUGAAAGCGUCACAGUCAAGCUCCAACUCUUCGACUCUGCAUCCUUCUCUGCCCGCGCGCCCGCCUCCAUCCGCUCAUCCGCCUUCGUCGUUCAAGCCAGCCUUCACCCCCAAGGGCCCAGGCUCCGGUGCAUACGGCGGCUUCACCGCCUUCAAACCGCGCGCCGUAGCAUCAAGCACCCCGACCUGGCAAUCGCAGCCGUCGAUCUCUGCUCACCCAGCACCCCCAACCGCAUACUCGGCCCCUCAGACCAGCUACACCAGCGGUGGCUUUCAAGCGAAUCCCUAUCAACAGCAAGCUUACUACCCGCAAGCUAACGACACGUACGCGCAGCCGACUCCGCCUCAGAUCCGCAAUCCGUUCCCUCUCCCUGGUCAAGAACAGGAUAGCGCUUCGCGCGGAGUUGGCGCAGCUAGAGGCCGCUUCGGCGAUUCUACGUUCGACCCCGAGUACGAAGCACAGAUUGCGCAAUGGCAGAGCGCAUAUGCUGGCAAGGACGAUUUCACCUCAGUGAAAGGAGCAGGCAGAAACAAAGCCGAAGGUUCCGCUUCGGCAGGUGGGGCUAAUGCCAUUCCAUUGGGUGGACGCGCAGCGGCAACGAAUCCCAUCAGCGACGUCGACAUGAACGCGGCCGUCCAUACGGAUACUGGUGUUGCUGCCGUGGUGGCUGAUGCCGACGGCAAGCAGAAGACCGUUGUACGGAGCGGUGGUGGAAAAACCUGGCAAGAUUCUACGCUGUUAGACUGGGACCCUACGCACUUCCGCCUGUUCAUCGGCAAUCUUGCAGGCGAAGUGACGGACGAAUCUCUUCUCAAGGCCUUCUCUCGCUACGCCUCGGUCCAGAAGUCGCACGUGGUUAGGGACAAGCGAACAACUAAGAGCAAGGGAUACGGCUUCGUGAGCUUUAGCAGCGGCGACGACUUCUUCCAGGCUGGCAAGGAGAUGCAGGGGAAGUACAUUGGCAGCCAUCCGGUGACGAUCUCGCGCAGCACCACUGAAAUUAGGCCGACCGUGCCCCAGGACAAGCGUAGGAACGGGAAGAACGGCAAGGGCGGAAACAAGGCUGGGGGUGGAGCGAACACGGGUGCGGGCGUGCAGAAGAAGCAGAGCAAGACGAAGGGCGGUCUCAAGGUGCUUGGUUGA